GGAGCAUACUCUAUUUUAACUUUCUCACAGAAGAGCUUGUUGUCACACGUGUGAACAAUAUCGGGGCGGAAAAAAAGAUGAAAAUCAAACAAAUUAAAGUGUUGUGUCGAAAUCCUGAUGAUUAUUUGCGCGAGACAAAGUUGGAUAUACACAUGCUACCUAGAAACAGAGACCCAACACAACAUCCCUUCCAACUUGAACGUGAGUACAAACGAGCGCUCAAUGCUACAAAAUUGGAACGUGUGUAUGCCAAGCCAUUUCUGGCGGGACUUGAUGGUCACAGCGAUGGAGUGCAUGUCCUUUGCAAGCACCCAACCAGCUUAUCCCUGUUGUUGUCAGGAGCUGAAGAUGGAGAGAUGAUCUGCUGGAAUCUUGCAAAGCGUGCAGUUGUAAAGAAAGUCCUAGCUCAUGAUGGUGCAGUCAAUGGACUUUGUAUACACAGAACAGGCAAACAUUUAUAUUCUUGUGGAUUUGAUCAAACGAUCAAGAAGUGGGAUAUUUCACCUGAAGGCAUAAUCUCAGACAUGCCUGCUACAACGCUACUUGGAAAGUGUGUUUACCAAAGCAUAGACCACCACUGGUUUGAUGAUACAUUUGUAACCAGUGGACAAACAGUAGAUGUUUGGGUUGACCAGAAAACAGAACCACACCGAUCCUUUGCGUGGGGAGUGGAAAGUGUUCAUCAUGUCAAAUUCAACCCUAUAGAGACGUAUCUGCUUGGUGCUGCAGCUCAUGACAGAACCAUCAUCCUGUAUGACAUGCGAGGCUCUGCGCCACUUAGAAAGGUGCUUUUGAAGAUGCGCACCAACACUCUUUCUUGGAACCCCAUGGAGCCUAUGACAUUUACAGCUGCAAACGAAGAUUACAACCUCUACACAUUUGAUAUGCGAAAAUUGUCCAUGCCGCUUAACAUUCACAUGGACCAUGUUUCAGCUGUUAUGGAUGUGGAUUACGCACCUUCUGGACGGGAGUUUGUAUCUGCAGGUUAUGAUAAAUGUCUAAGGAUUUUUCAAGUGGACAAAAGCCGCAGCAAGGAGAUCUACCACACAAAACGCAUGCAGCGAGUGACGUGUGUGCGCUGGUCAUUGGACAACAGGUACAUUGUCUCUGGAUCUGAUGAGAUGAACAUACGUCUCUGGAAAGCAAAAGCUUCAGAGAAACUUGGUAUUCUCAAACCAAGAGAAAAGGCUGCAAUGAACUAUGCUGAAGCUCUUAAAACACAGUUUGCCCACCUACCUCAGAUUCGUCGAAUUUCUCGACAUCGUCAUGUUCCUAAAAUGGUGUACAAUGCUUCACACCAGAUGAGAGAAAUGAAAGACAAAGAAAAGAGGAAGGAGGCAAGGAGAAAAGCCCACAGCAAGCCCGGAAAAGAACCAGAAAAGAAACUAGUUGCAGGAGAAAGGGAGUGAAUGUUGCUUUUUGUCUCAUUAACUGUGAUGGUCACAAGAUGAUCACCUUUCGAAACAUUGUUUUGGUCGCUUGAGACCGAUUCUUUCCCUUUUGUCAUUUUUCGCCAUGGACUUUCUCAGAUUGUGUAUUGGAUAGCCUCCCUUCUGAACUCUUUAUGGACUGCUGCAACACAUGAGAAUUCAUGAGAACUGGAAUUCUACAGUGGAGAAGGGUAGAGAGAAAGUGAGUGCCAGAGGUUGUGUGAGUGAGUGAAGAGGGCCGGUGAGUUGGUGGAUGAGAGGACAAGUGCAUGUUGAUUUGCAGUGAAUGCUGUUGGAGCUUUACAAAGGAAUAAAUGUAAACGGAAAAAA